GAGCGGGGCCGGUGGGGCCGGGGACGAUGCUGCGGUGCGGGCUGAGCCUUGUGAGCCGCGGCCUCUCCGCUCCGGCGUCUGGCGGGCCCUGGCGCCGGCUGCCCAGCGUUGUCACGAUGGCUGAGGAUUGGAAAGCAGCGGUGGCCAGCCAGACGAAGAGACUGAACAGCAGCAGUGAGGUGGUGGAACGGCUAGAGGAGAACGGGCACCAAGUUAAGAGGCUGAAGAAAGAUGCAGAUGAGGAGGAUGUGGAGGAUCAGAGUAAAAAGACACCCAAGAGGAAGAUUGUGUUGUUGAUGGCGUAUUCGGGCAAAGGCUACCAUGGGAUGCAAAGAAAUGUGGGAUCUUCACAGUUCAAGACAAUUGAAGAUGACUUAGUAUCUGCCCUUGUUCAGUCAGGCUGCAUCCCAGAAAACCAUGGGGAAGAUAUGAAGAAAAUGUCUUUCCAGCGGUGUGCUCGAACAGAUAAGGGUGUGUCUGCAGCUGGACAGAUUGUAUCUCUAAAAGUCAGGCUAAUAGAUGACAUCUUAGAAAAGAUCAAUAACCAUCUUCCUUCUCACAUCAGAAUUCUGGGUCUGAAGAGAGUCACUGGGGGAUUCAACUCCAAGAACAAAUGCGAUGCCAGAACAUACUCUUACAUGCUGCCAACAUUUGCCUUUGCCCCUAAAGACCACGACGUGCAAGAGGAGGUUUAUCGACUGGACAAAGAGACCCUCAAAAAAGUCAACGAACUCCUGGCAUCCUACAAAGGAACACACAACUUCCAUAACUUCACAUCUCAGAAGGGACCCAAGGACCCCAGUGCCAAGCGGUACAUCAUGGAGAUGCAGUGUGGAGAGCCAUUCAUGAGGGAAAACAUAGAAUUUGCAGUGAUCAAAGUGAAAGGUCAGAGUUUCAUGAUGCACCAAAUAAGGAAGAUGAUUGGGCUGGUGAUAGCUGUUGUGAAGGGUUAUGCUGACGAGUCCAUCAUAGAGCGCAGCUGGGGAGAGGAGAAGGUGGAUGUCCCCAAAGCUCCAGGACUAGGGCUGGUCUUGGAAAGAGUACACUUUGAAAAAUACAACAGACGUUUUGGAAAUGAUGGGCUGCAUGAGCCACUGGAGUGGGCAGAGGAGGAGGAGAAGAUUGCUGUGUUCAAGGAGCAGUAUAUCUAUCCUACGAUUAUCAACACAGAAAGGGAGGAGAAAUCCAUGGUGAACUGGCUAAACACCCUCUCCAUUCAUGACUUCAGCUCUUCUGCUGCUGGGAUUCAAGCUAGCAACAAAACAUCAAAGGGCAGCAGCGAUCUUGAGGGCAGUGAUGGUUGUGGUGAUGAUUCCGACUGAGCCAGUAAAGGGCUGGAUGUGAAACCCUUACUGUUUGCCAUUCCCUUUGUCUACAAAAAAGUGGCCUUUCUAAAUUCAAGAAUCCAGUAAAGCAGGGGUUUGUGUGCUUGCAGAACAUGAACUGGAUGCCCAGGAGAAACUGGGUGGGGAAAACAGUGCAGUAUAAAAAGCAAAAGAGACUUUUUUAUACCACUGACUGAUGCACCUGACUGGUAUACUUGAAAAUAAUGAGACAAGAAAGAAGCUUUCUAAAAGAAUCUUGUAAUGCAGGAUACCUUAAUAGCUGUUUGAAUAACGUUUUUAUUAUAUGUUUACCUGGAAAAUAGUAUUUUAAAUUUGUACAAUCUCUACAAAAAGGGGCAAAUAAUUUUAAUAUACUCUUUUUUUAUUAUUAUUGCUAUGACAUCGUGAACUUUUGGUGGUUUUUUUACUUUUUUUUCUCCUUUACUUAGCCUGAUCUCCGAACACCAUUAAGCUUUUAUUUUGCAUGUCAUCUGUGACUUUCCAGUGGAAUAACAUGCAUGGGUUAGGAACCCCUCAUGCAAACUGCUGUGAAUUCUUUUGCUAUUGGAACACAUUUCCUGUGUUUUCUAAAACUUUGCAAGUCUAAAAGAAAAUAUUCCUUGGUCAGUGAGAGGUCUUAAUUUUGAAACGUGGACUGAAACAUGCAUUUCAAGAUGAAACCUCUUUGGAAGAUAUCAUCCCCCCAGCAUCACCCACGUGCCUGGGCAGACUCAAGAACAUGGAUCCACAGCUAUGUGUGUAAUUGGGCCUUUACUGCCCCAGGUGUUGUUUCACAGAGCUUUGUUUGAGGCGUGACAAGAUGUAAAUCAAUUGUUAGGACUGCAAUUCAAAGUGUGCAGCCAUGGAUGUUCUAGUGUUGCUCACGUUGGAUCACUGAAUGCAUUCCUGCUGCUUUAGUAUUUCUGUUCUUGAUCAAAACUAUCUAAGCAUCUGCUAGAUUUGGGGUUGAAUCAAUGUAGCAUGUACAAAAGGAGUGGUGCUGACUCCCUCUGGGCUUUAAUCAAGCCUGCACUCACCUCAUGUGAGCGAACUCUUAGUUCCCAUCAGGCUGCUCAGAGCAGAGGGCUCUGUCGUGCAGCGAUAUUCGGAAGCACGUGUCUGAUCUGGGCUUUUAGUUUGAUGUCUUUCCCCAGCUGUGUUUUGGCUUGUGGUUCUUGUUUCCAACUCCGUAAAGGCCGUGGAAGAAGCAGCAAGUAAAGCCAGCAGCCUUCCUGUCCCCUCUACCCGUGGAACACUUGGAAUGAGUGGAGUAAGACUCUCCAAGCUUUUGGGUAUUAGUACAAGUGUGUUUUAUACUUCCCUGGCUGGGUCUGUAUGGAGACUUGUUUUGUAAUAUUGUCAUUACUGAGUAUGAGGAGUCAACUCUUUGCUCCUUCAUUCAGUGGUUUCUGGCCAAAGCCUCUAAUUUUAUGGCUUCUUCUGGGAUUAGGUUUUUUGUUUUAAUGAGAGCGCAGCUGUCCCUUAAAAGGUAUUUCCUUGUUAAUUUUAUCUGGGUUUUCAUUAGAGUGUUUUAUUUGAUCACUAAGGCCUUUCUUUGCUGUAUCAAACAGCAGUGUGAGAGUGGUCUGUAGAGGGACUCUACCUAGGUUUUCAUUUCUGUCCCUUGCUGGUUCAUGACACUGACCUCAUCUGCGUUGGUCUUCGCUCCAGAACUCUUUAAUCUUUCCAUCUGAGGAAAAAUACCUUCAUUCGCCCCUAAUAAAUGCCCCCAAACGGA